AUGUCGGAAGAAUUUGAAGAAUCAGACAUUAUAUUUUCCGACCAAUCCACAAUCCCAGAAACUAACACCAGAAACGAGGAGAAGAGCACAAGACGGCAGAAGAUGGUGGAGAAAACAUCUCCGGUGAACAUUCCGGCGAAACAAUUCGGGUGCAAGGAAUGGGAAAUGGCGGAGGAAGAGGAUAAGACUCCUCCACAUAUUAUAAUUGAAAGAAGAAUGAAAGAGCAAAUAGCGUUUUCCGUUGGUACUCUUAAAGGAAGAGACUUGAGCCGUCACCGGGACUCCAUUCUUAAGAUGACCGGUUUUAUAGAAGCUUGA